AUGCUGUCGAUUUUACGGAAAGCUAGACUCAAGGACAAGGAGAUGCGAAUCCUGAUGCUGUACGAGAACCCAAGGAAUGAUGGGAACUUGACCCCGCUGACAAGAAGGGUUUCGAUUGCAGAGGACUCGACAAUGCGGGAAAGACGACAAUUGUCAAGAGGAUAAUGGGAGAAGAUGUGAAUAGUGUCAGCCCAACCCUUGGUUUCAUCAUAAAAACCAUCGAUUAUGAAGGGUAAGUACUCUACUGCUCUCUUAUCCUCCGUUCUCCCACUGAUCGUUCUUCCUCUACUAGUUACAAGCUCAAUAUCUGUUUGUCUCCCACUCCCGGCUAUGGCGCCUACUCAUGAAAACCAGGGGAUGUAGGAGGCCAGAAAACCCUGCGAUCAUACUGGAGGAAUUACUUUGAGAAGACAGAUGCAUUAAUCUGGGUGGUCGAUGCCACUGAUCGUCUGCGCAUCGAUGACUGUCGAGAGGAGCUUCACAAUCUCCUACAAGAAGAGGUAUUUCCUCUUUUAUUUCACGCUGAGUAUUGUGAUAAUAAACAUCAAUUCAGAGACUUUCCGGAGCAAGCUUGCUUGUAUUUGCCAACAAAACCGACGUCAAUGGAUGUAUGAAUGAAGUCGAAAUUCAGCAGGUUCGUGCAAGAGACGUCGUUGAGGAAAAUGUCCGGUGCUCACGCUAACCGUAUGCAGGGUCUCCAACUAAAUGCAAUCCGAACACACAAAUGGCACAUCAUUAGAUGUAGUGCGAUCACGGGGGAAAACCUGCAGGGCGGUUUGGCUUGGGUGGUUAAAGAUGCUAAAGCACGACUUUUCCUCUAUUGA